GGGGGCUGGGACCACGGCCUCCUAUCCUCCUCAAGUGCCCACAGAACACAGGACGACUUGUGAAGAUGGGAACCAGGCAAGAAACAGGAAAAGAGACAUUAGAAGAAGGGGCUGAGAAGGCAGGAGCCUCGGAACCAGGAGCAGCCCUGAGCCUUGGAGAGCUGGAGCUGAAGGAGGAGUGGCAAGAUGAAGAGUUUCCUAGAUUGCUUCCGGAGGAGGCUAGCCCAUCUGGAGACACUGAAGACCCUCAGAGGGGCUCACAGGCAGGUACCCCCAGCAGUCUGGCCCUGUGUGGUCAGCGCCCUAUGCGGAAGCGUCUUUCUGCCCCAGAAUUGCAGCUGAGUCUGACUGAGGGAGCAGGAGAAAAUGGAGCCUCUCCCUCCUGCUCUGCAUCUUCCUCUUCUGAUGGCAGCUUGGACUUGGAGGUAGACGAAUUGGAGACGCCUUCAGACUCUGAGCAGCUGGACAGUGGACACGAGUUUGAAUGGGAAGACGAUUUGCCUCGCGCAGAGGGCCUGGGGGCCAGUGAGGCAGCUGAAAGGCUGGGCCGGGGCUGUGUGUGUGACGUGGCUGGAGAAGACGGCCACCGUUGGAGAGUGUUUCGAACAGGACAACGAGAGCAGCGAGUGGACAUGACCAUCAUUGAGCCCUAUAGGAAAGUCUUAUCUCACGGAGGUUACCAUGGCGAUGGCCUCAAUGCUGUCAUCCUCUUUGCUUCCUGCUAUCUACCCCGAAGCAGCAUCCCCAACUACACCUACGUCAUGGAACACCUAUUCAGGUAUAUGGUGGGAACUUUGGAGCUGCUGGUAGCUGAAAACUAUCUGCUUGUUCACUUGAGCGGAGGCACAAGCAGGGCCCAAGUGCCCCCUCUGAGCUGGAUCCGGCAGUGCUACCGUACCUUGGACAGGAGGCUUCGGAAAAACCUUCGAGCCCUGGUGGUUGUCCACGCUACGUGGUACGUGAAGGCCUUCCUGGCACUGGUUCGGCCCUUCAUCAGUUCCAAGUUCACACGAAAGAUCCGGUUUCUCGACAGCCUUGGGGAGCUGGCCCAGCUCAUCUCGCUAGAGCAAGUGCACAUACCUGAAGCUGUCAGACAGUUGGACCAAGAUCUUCAUGGCUCCAGAGGCACCUAACACAAAACGGGGCAGAGGGCCACGGAUCAGGCAAAGAUCAUGAUUGGUCGGCAUGAUGGAGCAAUGUAUCAUCUCAUCCUGAAUGCCACUUCCACUGGAUCCUCAUUUCUCAGUGUGCUACCCACUUCUAGACACUGCCUUCAAGCUGGGAUUUAAGAGUGGGAACCUCAUAUAUGGGGCGGCUUGCAUUUCAGCUGUCCAAAAAGAAGGCUCUGAGUUUUAAUUCUGCUUUAGCUGUAAAAUGUGUGGGUCUCAUUUUUCUUCUCUGUAAUCAAAACUACCGGAAUCCUUCCCAGUUUUGUUGUUUUAGCAGUCUUUGAGGGGAGGUGGAUGGAAGGUAAAGAGGGCUUAACCAACAGCCACAGUCAGCAACAGCCUGCCGGCAGCCCAGGAGCCAGCUUGCAAAAUCUUGAAUAGCCAACAACCCCUUCUUAGUCAUCAGCUGCCUAUGAUCCCGAGAAUUGCUGUCAAAACCUGUGUUUUCACACUCCUUAGUAAAUUCAGACCUGUGGCCUUUAAUAAACUGUGAUGAGAGAUUUAA